AUGCGUUCAAUGAAUUGCACUACGAACAACACCAACAAUACCGGCCAAAACACGAAAAACAGUCUUGGCUCCAGCUUUAAUUCCAGUAAUUAUACUUCUUAUAGAUUCCAGACAUGUCUCACCGACCAGAUUAUUUCUGAGGCGCAGACGUGGUCACUUUCAUCCCUCUUCAACUUCUCGUGGGUUGUGUCCUACUUUGUUAUGGGUGCCUCUCGUAUGAUCUUCAGGUACGGUUGGUAUCUGGCAACUUUAUCGCUUUUAAGGAUUCCGAAGUGGAUCUUCUUCAAGUUACACCAUGUUCAGUUCACUCUUUCCUUUUGGCUGAUCCUGUUUGCCCUAGCCGUCAUAGUCUUUGUGACUUACACCAUCAUGAAGGAGAGAAUUCUAUCCCAGUACAAGAGGCUGACCCCGGAGUUCUUGCCGCUGGAAAAUACAGGUAAAUCUGGCUCCAGCGCCAAUAUCAAUGCAGCUUCCACUCAGUCAGCCAACGCGCCACCCGCCAUAGGUUCCUCUACCACGGGUGCAAGCUCGAUUAUAGACUCAAAAAAGCAUUCAUUGAAAGAUGGCAACGAAAACGAAACCUUUCUUUCAUCUUACCUUGACCAAUUUCUCAGCGCCAUCAAAAUCUUUGGCUAUCUGGAAAAACCAGUCUUCCAUGACCUGACCAAGAAUAUGAAAACUCAAAAAAUGGAUGAGGGUGAGAUUUUACUGUUGGACAGUACUAUUGGGUUUGCCAUCGUCGUUGAAGGCACCCUGCAGUUAUAUCAUGAAGUAGAUCAUUCAGAUAAGGACCAUGGCGAUGAAACUGACCACAGUGACACGGAUGGUCUUGACGACCAGGAUAGAGAUGAAGAAGACGAAGAAGAAGAUGAUGACAUUGAUAACUACGACACCAAAUCUUGUUCUUCUAACCUCAUCGAUGAAGAAGAUGAAUCCGUUGGUUACAUUCAUCUGAAAAAUGGACUGGGAAAUUUUCAACUGCUAAAUACAGUCAAGCCAGGAAACCCGCUGACCUCCCUCGUGAGCAUUUUAAACUUAUUCACGCAUUCCAUGUCCUCGUAUGGCAACAGUAACUUUCCCUCUGAGUUAUCGUCACCUAUAGACACAACGGUGUCGGUCAACAAUAUGUUCUGCUCAUCAGAGCAGAACUUCUCCAACACAGAUUCCAUGACAAACUCCACCAACAGCUUUCCAACGUUCCCCUCUUCAAUGCCUAAACUUGUCGCCCGUGCGGCUACAGACUGCACAAUUGGUAUUAUCCCACCUCAAUCGUUUGCCAAAUUAACCGCAAAAUACCCACGGUCUGCUUCCCAUAUCAUACAGAUGGUUCUCACCAAGCUAUACCAUGUUACGUUCCAAACUGCUCACGACUACUUAGGUUUAACAAAGGAGAUCAUGGAUAUCGAAGUUUUACUAAAUAAAUCCAUCGUUUAUGAAUUGCCUUAUUAUUUGAAAGAGGCCGUUAUUCGUAAGUUUAAAACUGUAGAUAAGUCGAGCGGAUCGGCUGAUUUAGAACCGAAACCCAAAAAUAGUAAUGCUUCCUCUAAAUUGAAGAAACCGCCCAAAGCGAAGCCAUCUGAUGGUAUCAUUCAAUCGCUUAAGAUUGCUAACGCCAACGCUAACACAAGUUCGAAUUCCCUUUCACUGAAACCAGAAUUCACCCACCAUCCAAGUUCGAGACAUGUCGUACUGGGUUCAAGAGACCAAUUUAAUCCUGGUGAUUUACUGUCAAAUGUCCCACUGUCUAGAACUAUGGAUAUUCUGUCACCCAACCCAAUCCAUAAUAACAACCGCAAUAAAUCAAACGGUAUUAACACUUCUACCUCUAACCAACAUAAGCGAUCUUCUAGGAGUAGCAGUAACAAUGCUUCCGUACACUCUAAGAAGUUUUCUUCUUUGUCCCCAGAAUUGCGCAACGCACAACUUAGUACAUCGCCCUUGUCCUUGGAUAAUACUUCUGUUCAUGACCAUAUCCACCCAAGUCCCGUUCAUUUGAAGGGACGGGUCUCUCCAAGACCUAAUUUACUGCCCACAACAUCCUUUUCUGCUGCCCAGGAAGAAACCGAGGACUCUGCUUUAAGAAUGGCUUUAGUUGAGGCAAUGUUAACAUACUUGGGUGUAAACAAAAGCAAUAUGUCCGUUUCAUCUUCUUCGAUAGCAAAUAUGUCUUCUUUAAACUCUCCUCAACUUAAUGAAAUGUAUAGCCGCCGUCCAAGUAACGCAAGUUUUCUGAUGUCCCCUCACUGUACACCAUCUGACAUUUCCGUAGCUUCAUCAUUUGCCUCUCCUCAAACUCAACCGACAAUGUUAAGAAUCCUACCCAAAGAAUACACUAUCAGCAAUAAAAGGCAUAAUAAAAGUAAAAGCCAGGACAAAAAAAAACCUAGAGCUUACAAAGAGGAGUUGACACCCAAUUUGGAUUUCGAAGAUGUCAAGAAAGACUUUGCACAAGGCAUUCAGUUGAAGUUCUUUAAAAAGGGCACCACAAUUGUUGAGCAGAACGCUCGUGGUAAAGGCCUAUUCUAUAUCAUUUCCGGGAAAGUUAAUGUGACAACAAAUUCGUCCUCGUCAGUAGUAUCAUCAAUGUCUAAACCAGAGCAGGUUUCAGCCCAAAGUUCACACAAGGGUGAAAAUCCUCAUCAUACUCAACAUUUGUUAUACUCUGUAGGAUCUGGUGGUAUUGUGGGCUACUUGUCCUCUCUAAUUGGUUACAAAUCAUUUGUUAAUAUCGUUGCCAAGAGCGAUGUCUAUGUUGGAUUUUUAUCUAGUGCAACCUUAGAAAGAUUGUUUGAUAAAUAUUUCCUAAUCUACUUACGGAUUUCUGAUUCAUUAACCAAAUUGCUAUCUUCAAGGUUAUUAAAGCUCGACCAUGCUUUAGAAUGGGUUCACUUGAGGGCUUCUGAAACUCUAUUUUCACAAGGUGACUCGGCUAACGGUAUUUAUGUUGUCCUGAAUGGUAGACUAAGGCAGCUACAACAGCAGUCAUUGUCAAACUCCAAUACAAGUUCCGAAGAAGUUGAAACUCAGAACAUUAUUCUAGGAGAACUGGCCCAGGGGGAGAGUUUUGGUGAAGUUGAAGUGCUUACCGCUAUGAAUAGAUAUUCAACGAUAGUGGCAGUGAGGGAUUCUGAAUUAGCGAGAAUUCCGAGAACAUUAUUCGAACUAUUAGCUCUUGAACAUCCAUCUAUCAUGAUUAGAGUUUCCAGAUUAGUUGCUAAAAAAAUUGUCGGAGAUAGAACUGUUCCAGCAUUAACAGGCGAUCCAUUAUCUAUAAAGGAAAACGACUUCACUUCUUUAAUACCUCCAACGAAAGCGUCUUACUCUAGCUCUUUAAGUCAUAAACCCCAAAAUAUUACUUCUGGCACAAUUACUUUUAGAACCAUCACUAUCUUACCAAUUACCAGUGGACUACCUGUAGAAGCAUUUGCUAUGAAGUUAGUGCAAGCUUUCAAACAGGUAGGAAGGACCACGAUUGGUUUAAAUCAAAGAACUACCCUAACACAUUUAGGUCGUCAUGCAUUUGACAGAUUGUCCAAAUUAAAACAAAGUGGUUACUUUGCUGAACUAGAAGAAAUGUACCAGACUGUUGUUUAUAUAUCAGAUACACCAGUUAAAUCUAAUUGGACAAGAACCUGUAUUGCGCAAGGUGAUUGUAUUCUCUUACUAGCAGAUGCUAGAUCUCCAUCAGCCGAAAUAGGAGAAUAUGAAAAGUUAUUACUAAAUUCAAAGACUACCGCAAGGACCGAGUUAAUUCUUCUACACCCUGAAAGGUAUGUGGAACCAGGACUAACCCAUAAGUGGUUACGCUAUAGGCCAUGGGUUCAUUCGCAUCAUCACAUUCAAUUUAGUUUGACAGGAACAACCUUGAUGAACGAAGGCAAAAUGCACGUUUUGAAUAAUGGUGCCUUGGCAUUAAUGGAUAAGUUGAUUCAAACAGAAUUCAGUAGAAAAACUCAACAGAAUAUAUCAAAACUACUUCCAGAUUCUAUCAAGAACACCGUAGAAAACUUUUCUUCAAGAUUCAUGAAAAGUAAAAGACAAUAUUACACACCAGUUCAUAGGCAUAAAAAUGAUUUUCUAAGAUUGGCUAGAAUUCUUUCUGGACAAGCUAUUGGACUUGUCCUCGGAGGAGGAGGUGCGAGAGGUAUUAGUCAUUUGGGUGUCAUUCAAGCUAUUGAAGAACAAGGUAUUCCGGUCGACGUUAUUGGAGGAACAUCGAUUGGUUCCUUUGUUGGCGGUUUGUACGCGAAGGAUUAUGAUUUGGUGCCAAUUUACGGCCGCGUGAAGAAGUUUGCUGGUCGAAUUUCCUCUAUAUGGAGAAUGUUAACAGAUUUAACCUGGCCGGUUACUUCUUAUACUACUGGUCACGAAUUUAAUAGAGGUAUUUGGAAAACUUUCGGGGAUACAAGAAUUGAAGACUUCUGGAUCCAGUAUUAUUGUAAUUCUACUAAUAUAACCGAUUCGGUUCAAGAAAUACAUUCCUUUGGUUAUGCGUGGAGGUACAUCAGAGCUUCGAUGUCUCUUGCUGGUCUUUUACCUCCUUUGGAAGAGAACGGGUCUAUGUUACUGGAUGGUGGUUAUGUUGAUAAUUUACCAGUAACUGAGAUGAGAGCGCGUGGUUGCCAAACUAUAUUUGCAGUAGAUGUAGGUUCUGCAGAUGAUAGAACGCCUAUGGAAUAUGGUGACUCCCUAAAUGGGUUUUGGAUCAUUUUCAAUAGAUGGAAUCCAUUUUCUUCUCAUCCAAACAUACCCAAUAUGGCAGAGAUUCAAGUUAGAUUGGGUUACGUCGCAUCAGUAAAUGCUUUAGAGAAAGCGAAAAAUACACCAGGUGUCGUUUAUGUGAGACCACCUAUUGAAGAAUAUGCCACAUUAGACUUUAGCAAGUUCGAAGAAAUUUAUCAUGUGGGUGUAGACUAUGGUCGUAUCUUUUUGCAAGGGCUUAUUGACGACGACAAGAUGCCAUAUAUACCUGGUUCACAAGAAACCACUUUGAAUUCUCAAGUUCCUGAGUUUUUAUUACAUAGAAGAAAUAGUAUUUGA